GUGGCAGCUUGCGAGCUUGCGAGACCGUUGAUGGGGAGAUGGGACGAAAGAAGAAGACAGCGAAUGAGGAGAUGCCACCAGAACCUGUGGUGGCCUUCGAGGAACGGCCUCGAGAUUCCAAGCAGAAGAAGGAGCGAGACAAGUACGAGACAUCAUCAGAGCCCGACCUCGAGCCGAAGCACCACGACCUGGAUCCAGACAUCCAGCAGCUUGCGUAUACCUUCAAGAUCGAUGCGGGCCUGACCCAGAAGUUGAACAACAUUAUGAUUGAGAAGAGGAUGAAUACCUGGGAGCAAGACUUGGAGAGGCUGUACGAAAUUCUCAAGGACGCGCACACCCCCGCGGCCAUGUUGAAUUUGAAGGUUAAGGACAUGCAGAAGGGAACCUUCGUGGGCAAGGCGAAGUGCGGCCCAAGAGUGAGAGAGCUGGCGCGAAAGCACAGGCUCGAUAAGGGUGCAGCCACGAAACUCGAGGAGGCAAUGUCAAUGCGAGAAGCGAUGGGCAAGGACGUGGAGAAGGAUAUCUUCCUUUUGGACGAACAUCUCACCGCCUCCAACAAGCCUUCUGCUCUGAUCAGCAUGAAGCUCGAAAGCCUUCGAAAGGGUUAUAACAUCGGCCACUGCAUCUACAGCAGGGAGCCCGUUCAGGGCAACACCGGCCCAGGCGUCGAUGGUGUCGUGGACAAGAAGAACAAGCACACACGCGUCCUUGGAUACACGGACGCGGACCUGAACAGCCGAUUUGCAAGCACUGACGGCCGCAGCGAGGAGCUCAUGGAUGAGGCGACUGUCAGGCGACUGAUGGCCGCAGAGAAGAGCCGGGUUUUGGGUCUGCCACCAAAGGGAGACAAAAAAGCGAAAGAGCUGCCCAGCAGUGCAAAAGUCUCGGCCAGCCGGAAGAAGAGCGCAAGCCGCAAGAAGAGCAAAGCUCGAAGCAGCCGCAGCAAGAGCCGAAGCCGAAGCCGCAAGCGGCGGCGGCGGAGCACCAGCAGCAGUAGCAGCAGUAGCCGGAGUCGCAGUCGACGAAAGCGCAGCAAGAGCAGCAAGGCACCGAAAAAGCAGCGGGCCAGCAGCGAUUCCAGCAGCUCCCGUCGAAAAGACAAGGGCAAGGACAAAGCCAAAGAGAAGGAGAAAAAAGACAAAGAGAAAGAAAAGGAAAAAGAGAAGAGCAACAAGAAGGAAAAGCCAAAAGAGAAGGAGAAGCCAAAAGAGAAAGUCGAAAAAGAUGACAAGGACAAGGACCGGCAGAAGGAAAGGGAAAAAGAAAAGGAGAAGGACAGAAAAGCCAAAGAUAAAGACAAGGCCAAAGAUAAGGAAAAAGAGAAGGAGAAGGAUAAAUGA